AUAUCCAGUCUGACCCGAUCCAUUGAUCCAUGUACACUGAACCUGUCGAAAAUAGCUCUCACGACAAAGAAGCCUAAUCUUUCCUUUCAUCUCCUUCAACUCCAUUUCCCAUAAUUUUCUUUUAAUUUUACUCUCAGGUAGCUUAAUUUGUGCUCUGCACAGGGUUUGAUUUUGUUACUGGGAAUAUUUUAGUUACAAUUUUGGGGGGAUUUUUGCUUAGGCAAAUCCCUUAACCAUAUUUUUCGCUUUGAAAUGGAUGGGAGGAAGAGGAAUUUCUUUAGGAAACAGAUGAAUACGCCCUUUAAGAGAAAAGGGGUUAAUAAUAAUAAUAGUAAUAAUAAUAAUAAUAAUAAUAAUAAUAAUAGGAAACUAAAACUGGGUGUUAAUUCUGCCCCUGAACAGUUUUCCGGAAAUUUGAAUCCUGGAGACACUGUUUACCGUAUACUUUGUCCUUCGAGAAAAAUUGGUGGUGUUAUUGGGAAGGGUGGGAAUAUAGUAAAAGCAUUAAGGCAGGAGACUCGGGCUAAGAUUACGGUUGGUGAUUCUGUCCUUGGUUGUGAUGAGAGAGUUGUUGUUAUUUAUAGUUCUCCGUCCAAGGUGAAAGAACAUAAUUCAGAUGAGGAUUAUGGUGGUGAUAAUGAAAAAGAGGUACCCAUGGAGCCUUGCUGUGCUGCACAGGAUGCUUUGUUGAAAGUUCACGAUAGGAUUGUUGAGGAAGAUCUUUUUGGUGGGAUAGUGUCUGAUGAUGAUAAUGGGAAUGCUGUUGUCACUGCACGGCUUCUUGUUCCAAAUAAUAUGGUAGGAUGUCUCUUAGGGAGAGGGGGUGAUGUGAUUCAAAGAUUGCGAAGUGGCACAGGUGCUACUAUACGUGUUCUUCCAGCUGAUCAUCUUCCUGCUUGUGCAGUGGCAACAGAUGAAUUAGUGCAGAUAUCAGGAAAACGAGAUGUCACAAAGAGAGCUCUAUAUGAAGUUUCCACUCUUUUGCAUCAAAAUCCACGGAAAGACAAGCCUCCUUUGAGCUUCUCUGUGCCACAUUCAAGCCAGAAUUUCCCUCCUAGUGCUCUUCCACCGAGCAAUUCAAUGUGGUCCCAUCGAAAUUUUUCUCCUCAUGAUAGUCCACCAAUGCCAUGGAUGAGUGCUCAUAGAAACCGGCUAUCUGGAAUUGGGCCAGGUAGCUUCAGCAGUAUUCCUCCAGCAGGUGGUGCUGAAGCUUCAGCUGAGUUUUCAAUGAAAAUUUUGUGCCCAGCUGGGAAGAUUGGUGGUGUAAUUGGCAAGGGUGGCUUUAAUGUUAAACAGUUACAGCAGGAAACAGGAGCAGGCAUUCAUGUUGAAGAUGCAUCAACGGAGUCAGAUGAGCGAGUAAUUUGUGUCUCUGGAAUUGAGGCUCUUGGGAACCCUCGAUCGCAUACAAUAGAUGCUAUUCUACAGCUUCAGAAUAAAACUAGUGAAUCAUCUGAGAAAGGUACAAUUACUACUAGGUUGCUUGUUCCAUCAAGCAAGGUUGGGUGCAUUCUUGGGCAAGGAGGUCAUGUAAUCAAUGAGAUGAGGAGGAGAACCCAGGCAGAUAUUCGUGUAUGCUCAAAGGAUGAUAAGCCUAAGUGUGCAUAUGAAGAUGAAGAGCUAGUACAGAUAUCUGGCAAUUUUGGUGUCACUAAGGAUGCUUUGGCUGAGAUUGCUUCGAGACUUAGAGUAAGAACAUUGCGAGAUGUGAAUGCUGGAGCAGAACCUGCUUCUGUUGGGUCUGUCCGUGUAUCCGGUCCUGCAAGAAACAUGCCUGAUGGUCCACCACCAGCUGCUACAAUUGGGCCAGGCUACUCUGGUGGAAUUGAAUCUUUCAGGGGUGGUGGUGCACAUGUGUAUGACUAUGAACCUCAGAAUUUUUCUGUUCCUCCAGCUGCUGCUAGAAACUCAAAUAUGAACAGUGCUGUUGAAGCUAAAGUUCCGGAAACUGUGUCAAGUUCUGCAGUAGGCAUCAGAGGAAGUACUGUUUUUAGUAGUAGUGAGGUUUCAAGGGCAAUCCUAAAGCUUGAUGAUCCUCAAACUGGUGACUUUGAAGAGUUCCGUGGAUCUUCUGAGCAUACAAGUGCUCAGAGCAUUUUUCAGUCGUUCAUGGCUUCUUCUGGACAAAGCAUGAAUGCACAACAGGAUUCAUAUCCAAAUACGAACAUCCACCAAAGUUCCUAUCAGAAAAUGAGUGCUCAAUAUAGCCCCUAUCAAAAUGUGAGUGCUCAACAGAACUAUUCAAACAGGCAAGCUCAUCAAGGCCCAUAUCAUAAUUUGACUGUGCAGCAAAGCCCCUAUCCACUAAAUUCUCAGCAAGGGCCUUACGCCAACUUCAAUGCUCCACCAAGUGCUUACCACAAUUACAGUGCACAGCCAGGCUCUAACCCGUAUUAGAUUCAAUAGGCUCAUUUUUGUACUAUAUUUCAACUUUUCGAAUAUUAGAGAUUACAUAGGCUGUCACAUUACUGGAUACUUUUGAUUCAAUUGUUAAGUGAAAGAUGUAUUGGUGAAGUUGUAAACUUAGACCUGUUCUUGCUAUGUUUGGACUUGUGUGUAGAUAAAUCAAAUGAUGAUUGUUUGACA